GUAGAGGUAGGGGUAUUUCCCUUCUUACAUGGCGGGGGAAAAGGAGGGUCUUGCUCCACCCAUAUCUGUAUAGGGUGCCACUAAUUCAGAAAUUAUGGAGGGAUUUCUUGAGUCUAAAAAAAAGGUUGAGAACCACUGUUGUAGGCUUAUCUGUUUUCUCUCUGCUUCCUAGGGGCCGUAGUGACCGGGGCAGCAGCCAAGGUGACUCCCUUUACCCUGUGGGCUACUCGGACAAGCAGGUUCCUGACACCAGUGUCCAGGAGACUGACCGCAUCCUGGUGGAGAAGCGCUGCUGGGAUAUUGCCCUGGGGCCACUGAAGCAGAUCCCCAUGAACUUAUUCAUCAUGUACAUGGCUGGGAAUACUAUUUCCAUCUUCCCCACCAUGAUGGUGUGUAUGAUGGCCUGGCGCCCUCUUCAGGCCCUCAUGGCUAUAUCUGCCACUUUCAAGCUGCUGGAAAGCUCCAGCCAGAAGUUCCUACAGGGUCUGGUUUAUCUGGUUGGAAACCUAUUAGGACUGGCACUGGCUGUCUACAAGUGCCAGUCAAUGGGGCUGCUGCCUACCCAUGCCUCUGACUGGUUGGCUUUCAUUGAACCUCCUGAGCGAAUGGAGUACACAGGUGGUGGGCUACUUUUGUGACUACUCUUCCCAGAGAUACCAGGGCUCGGGCCCCAUCAACUCCAAGCUGGAUGUUGUACUGCUAAAGUAUGCUGUGGGGGAAGCAAGACAAGCCCUGGUAUUUUCCUUUCUCUGCUGUGUAGGGACUAAUAAAGCUGUUGUGUAUAUGAGGCAAA